UGUCCCUCAGACACAGCGGAUCACGGAAAGAGCCGAAGAUGUCGGCUCAGUCAUGUGAUCAGCUGUGUCCAAUCACAGCUGAUCACAUGUGCACUGAUCAUCAGGGCACUGAUGAUCAGUGUGCCCUGAUGAUCAGUGUAGCCCCAGAAGUGCAACCUGUCAGUGUCCAUCAGUGCCAGCAGUCAGUGCCCAUCAGUGCCACGUGCCAGUGCCCAUCAGUGCCACAUCAAUGCCACAUUUCAGUGCAUACCAGUGCACAUCAAUGCCACAUAUCAGUGCCCAUCUGAGCUGCCUUUCAAUGUCACCCAUUAGUGCCAGUCAGUGCCACCUAUCAAUGCCAAUCAGUGCCACCUAUCAGUGCUGCCAAUCAGUGCCACCUAUCAGUGCCAGUCAGUGUCGCCUAUCAGU